AUGUUCGAGAAAAAGUUCAACAUUGAAGUACAAACUUUACAGCCUUUACGUGAGUUUCUUGCACAACUGAAAGAAGAAGAUAGUCAGCCACAACUUAUAGACUUUCAUUAUGAAUUUAAUGAAAAUGAAGAUGGAACACAGGACUGUCAAUUCAUUGUAUUCUCACCAUUCAAUGAAGUAGCUAAAAAGAAAGAAAAUCCAUUACGUAUAAGAUUUCAAAUCUCUGAACCAAGUGAUGAUUUCAAGAAUAUUUUCAAUUAUGAUGCAAUGCUUCCGAGGAAAAAUGAAUUUUCAAAGAUUGUAACACCUGGCAUUUGGGAUAGAAAGCAAGCUAUAUUAUAUUCAAACUUAAGUAAGGGAGUUGAAAAUGAGUUCAUUGGUCAUACAAGAACUUCAUCACUUCCUAACCCUAAAUACUAUAAAUUAACUGGCUUCAAUCGUGAGUUUUGGAUAGACAUGUUCUCCACUCAUGACCAUAACUGCCCAGUGUUCUUACCUCCAGACCAUAAGGACUGUCUCUACAUUGAAGCACAACUCUUAAACUCUACCAUCGCAGUAUUGUAA